AUGCUAUGCCAAGCGAUAGGCAAGAGCGGACCACGUCUAGACAUUCCUUUAAUGCUGUAUCAAUCAGCACCAGAGAAGGAGGCAAGACGUUCAGACUUGGGCCAGGAUGAGGGGCAAGAGGGGAUGGAGGAAGAAGGAGGAGAAGAAAGUGACGGUGGAAAGAUGCUACCCCCAUCGCUGCCUUCUCCGCCACCACCACCACCACCACCAAAGAGGAGUCAUAUUGAGACCUUCUACUUAAACACCACAAAGUGGAGGACAAGGCGAGAUGCGGUUUCAGAGAAGAUUGAUUACUGUCUUUAA